AUGACUCUCUCUCCUCGCAUAUUUAACGAUCCUUUAUUUAACGAUCCCUUCUUUAGCGAUCCCUUCUUUAACGAUUAUGGGUAUGGAUAUGGAUAUGGGGAUUAUGAGCUCAACCAGUUACCUCGCGGGUACGAAUCUGAUCGCACCAGUGGAGAUUAUUACGGGCGUGGAAGGGACAUGGGACGCAGAAUCCCUAUUCAAGACCGUAUCCCUCGUCAUGUUGGAAGUCGCGUGAUGACCGAGCGCGAAGGGGACACUGUUUGGCGUCCAGCCACCGACGUUUAUGAUACUAAUGAAGGAGUUCCCAAGGAUGAAAUCGCAAUUGAUUUGAGAGAUCGCGAAAUCGUUGUUUCUGGUGAGAGAAAAAGAGGCCCUGGUUACGAAGCUGCAACUUCACGUGUUAGAGAACGUCAGAUCGGAAAGUUCCGCAAG